CUACCUGCAGCCAAAACUCAUCAAGCGGCCCUUGUCGAUUGUACGUGCAUGGGAAAAGUACACACACAGAAGACUGGAGCUUGUGGAUUCCUGUUGGAAUUUAUUUGGGAAAUACGCGCACAUAAAAAGGCCUUAACUCCUCCCCCGCCUCCUCCAGCGGGCUCACCUCUCACCCCGGCCUGGCUGUGGUUCAGUGUUCUGUGUGUGAGAGUGCACUCAAAUUUCGUACGGUGCUUGGGUUAUAGCCGCUCGUGAGAUCAGCCGGCGUACGAUUUCACUCUUGACUGGCCAUCGGCAGCGCAGCAACUUCGCCUCAUAUAUAAAUAUGAGCGACGCCGGCGCAGCAGCAUCAGUAAACGACCAGCUCUUGCGAGGUGCGCACACGCAACGCUCGCUGUCCACGAAACAACAUUACAGCAAGAAUCAAGUAAAAGCUCCGCAAAGCACAGCAGCAACAUGUAUCUGGAUACGAAAAACCUGACAGCCAGCAGCACUUCAGCGCUGACAGCGGGCACAGCAUCGAACUCAAAGUCAACACGGCGCAUGCGCAACGUGUGGAAGCCGCUGAGUCGCCUGCUGAAAGUGGGUGGCAAGGGUCGCACCGCACAGGCGACCUUGGCCCAUCCCAACAACGUGGAUCUCAACAACACACAGCAGCAGCAGCAACAGCACCAGGAGUUGCUCAUUGAAGAUGACACCAAGUCAACGCCAGAGGAGUCUAUCCACAAGUACGGUCUGGAGCUGAGGCAAUUGCCCGAGGAGGAGCAGGAGUCCCUCACCCAGCCGCCCAACACACCCACAUUGAUUAGCAGCGUGCAUGUGGACAAGGUCAGCGCCCAGAGCUGCGGCAACUGCCAGCACGGACGCAACUGCCAGCACCGACAUUACAGCAGCAACAUCAACAGCAACAGCAGCAGCAGCAACAUGAACAGCAGCAGUGCAACACAGUUGCCCAGUAAUCUCUGGGAUCUGCAGUUGCCCCUCCAGUACAUCAGCACGGACAAUGGCACCUUCUUCUGGGCCAACACACAGGAUCGAGUGGACGAUGAUCUCCUGCACGCCUUGCUCUGCCAGAGCUUCAGUCAGCUGCCCGGAACGCUAUGCUAGUUGUACUCCACCCACAAUCACCUCAUCCCAUCACUGAAUAGAUCUCAUUCUCAUGGGGGUAGUACCCCUAAUUAUUGUAAUUUCAUUUAUUUAUUUCCCUGCGCAAUAUUUACGUUGUUAAUGUGAUACUAAUUUGCAUGUAAAAUAUAACAUAAACAAUCAUUUUGUACAAUACAGAUGAAAAGAACA